AUGCCAGGCACACCGGUAUCAGAGGUGCCUUCGGUAUCUCUUUCCUUUGCCAACAACUUCUGGGGCAAAGACGAUGCCGGCGUUGGGCCCAUGCUGGACCGCAUGCACUUUGCCAAGGUCACCAACGACGAGCUGAAAGCCUUCUACGCGGCCCGAGCAGCCAUCGAGGAAGACUACUCCAAGAAGCUGCUGCAGCUUUCUCGAAAGCCCCUCGGGUCCUCAGAAACAGGCACCCUGCGAAUGUCGUGCGAUGUCAUACGGGCCGAGGUCGAGUCCAUGGGCAAGGCCCACCAGAGCGUCGCCCAGCAGAUGCACACAGAGCUGGAGGAGCCGCUGCAAGCGUUCGCAGGCGGCAUGAAGGAGCGCAGGAAGAUUGUGCAAAACGGCAUAGAGAAGCUCUUGAAGCUCAAGAUGCAGCAGACAGCCACAGUCAACAAGGCACGCGAUCGCUACGAACAGGACUGUUUGAAGAUCAAGGGUUUCCUUGCACAGGCGCACAUGGUCAUGGGCCACGAGGAGCGGAAGAACAAGGCCAGGCUGGAGAAGACGCAGAUCAACCUGUCCACCACAAGCGCAGAGUACGAAGCCGCAGUGAAGGUGCUAGAGGAGACAACGGGUCGCUGGAACAGGGAUUGGAAGGCCGCCUGCGACAAAUUCCAGGAUCUCGAAGAGGAGCGCAUUGAUUACACCAAGAGCAGCUUGUGGAACUUUGCAAACAUCGCCUCGACAGUGUGCGUCAGUGACGACGGUUCGUGCGAGAAGAUGCGUCUGUCGCUCGAGGACUGCGAUGUAGAGAAGGACAUUACCAACUUCAUCACCGACAGUGGAACCGGUCAGGAGAUACCCGAUCCGCCAAAGUUCAUCAACUUCUGCCGUGGAGACGCCGAAACCUCGUCACAAGUAUCCGAUGAUGAGAACUACUCCGUGGCGCAGUUUGCAAGGACUAUGAAUCCGUCGUACCGCGCUUCGUCUCCACCAAUCUCGGUCUUCGAAUCCCACCAUGACCCCAACAAUCCUUUGGCAAGGGAAUUGGGCUUGCAGCACGACACCCAACCAAUUGCCAUUCCGCAGGAUCAGAUCAACGUCCCACCACCACGACAGCCUGCCGAGCCACAGCAGGUACCUCGUCCCUCGACAGCCUCUCGCACAGUGCAGCCUGACCCACGUCUGGUGCAAGCACAACAGCAAGCACGUCAACAGUACCAGCAAAGUCAGGCCCCGUACAAUGACUACCCGGCAGACGGCAUGACGCAGUUCUGUCGACCUGCAGCACAGUCUGAUCGGAGCACCAUCUCAAGUCCGAUCCGGCCUCCAAGCCGAGACUCGCACAGUGACCACUCGGAUUUGAACUCCUUCUCCAGUGUCGAGCCACCCAGUGGGUCAGCAUCGCCUGGCAAGCCAAUGCCACCAUCCUCAUUCCCUGAGUCGAGUCCUGUAGAGGAGACUUCUUUCCAAAAGAAACGGGUUUUUUUCAACAGUCCUUUUGGCCGCAGGAAGAGCAAGCCUGAGGUUGAGACACUAGCAUCGAUCACACCGACAAGCCGCAACACAUGGGCUCCUGCAUCGCGACAGAAUACCAACGAAAAUGUCAGCCCCACUCGCCCACUUGCUAGGGCUAACCGUCAGCCCAUGGUACAAGAUGCUACGCGAUCUGCCAGUCCUGAGCCAGUCGACCCACGGGCCAACUUCCAGUUGAACGUAGGGAACAAUGUGUUCGACGUGGCGUCGCCUGACAAGAAGAAACAGCAACAGCAGAACCAGCAGGAGCCGCUUGAGGAGCUCGAUCCCAUUGCAGCGGCUCUCGAAGAACUCAGAGGCGUCACAAAGCAAGGCACUCUGCGUGUGUCUGCCGACAAGUUCCACGGCCUGGCCACACCGCAGCCUCCAGCCACGCCCGCUGUUGGCACAAAGAUACCAGGAGGUGCGCCGACGCCGUUGACCAACGUGAACUUGAACGCCGCGAAGCGCGGCACACCACCACCGUCUUACGAGCAACCACCAAUGUCCCGUCUUGGCGCUCCUAAACCAGCACAUACCGCCCGCCAGAUGCAGAAGACGACCGAGAUGUAUGUGAAUCAAAAAGCGAACGUGUUCAAUGGUAACGCCGGAUCACGACCCCCAACACGAGGCACCACUCAGCAAGAGCCUCCACGGGCGACAUCUCCUGCACCAAAUCGUGCUACUAGCCCGAGACCUAGUCUAUACACAGCACAACAACGGUCGUCGCAGGGCCAAGCACCUGCAUCGCCGUCCACUUACCGACCUGCCCAGCGUCAACAACAGUCGCCUGCUCCUACUGCUAGCUACAAUCGUUCAGCAUCGCCAAACCCAUAUGCGGCCUCGACUGCUAGUGGACGACCACGCGCGCAAACUGCUACUGCCCCAGCUCAAGCCUAUGGUACUCCAGUUGGGCGCAACUCGUAUUCAUCCACGCGAGGUGCUUCUCCUGCUAUGAACUCGAUGCCCCGGGCAGCAUCGCCACAGCCACCACAGCCAGCCUACGCGCAGUCGCGACCAGGAUCUCGCGCGGCUCCUAGCUCUCGAGCUGUCAGUCCUCAACCAGCAUUCCGCCAGUCGAACGACCGACCACCCAGCUCGCACAGUGGAGUGGCGAUGUCUAUGGCAGGCAGCGAACGAGGUGACGGAUCUGUGUAUGGUGGCAGUAUACGCGGCCGACCACAGAGUUCGUACUACGGGGGAGGAGGUGGUGGAAGUGGAAGCUCCGUGCGGGCCGAGUCCAGAGCACGCAGCAAGAGUCUGGCAGAGCCGAAGAACUACAACAGGGAUGGACGCAUCAUCUUGAACUACUCUCGUGCAAUGUACUCGUACACAGCACAGAUCCCUGAAGAACUUGCGUUCCAGAAGGGCGACAUUCUUGCCGUGCUUCGCCUCCAAGACGAUGGAUGGUGGGAAGCAGAGGCCGUGGGUAAGAACGGCAGGCCUGGUCUUGUCCCUUCGAACUACCUACAGCCAUGCUGA